CAAGAUGUGCCACGGCGCCUCCGCGUCCGAUCAAUCCUCUGUUUGGUGGUCUGUCACUGUCACCGCCUCCGUCCUCCAGUCCUCCUCCUCAUCAUAAUUCUUCUGUUUAAGGACAAGGAAUUAAUGCUCACUGCUGGCUAUCUAUAGCCCACCACAAUCAAAUCAGCAGAGCUUAUCUCUCCACCUGGAAUAAUCCACUCAUGAUGCUCAGAGCAAUUCACCAUCUUCUUCUUAGGAGCAAGAUGAGGGCAGCCGCGGUGGCGAUCUCGUCCGGCGUCGGCCUCGCUCGCUUCUGCACGGCCUCGAGCUCCAUGAGGCUGGCCGGCAAAGUGGCCGUCAUCACCGGCGCUGCCAGCGGCAUGGGCAAGGCGACCGCCACGGAGUUCGUCAGGAAUGGCGCCAAGGUCAUCCUCACCGACAUCCAGGACGACCUCGGCCACGCCGUGGCCGCCGAGCUCGGCCCCGACGCUUCCUACGCCCGCUGCGACGUGACCGACGAGGCGCAGAUUGCCGCCGCCGUCGACCUCGCAGUGGCACGCCACGGCCGGCUUGACGUCCUGCACAACCACGCCGGGGUCACCGGGAGGAUGAGUUUGGAGUCCGUCGCAUCGCUCGACCUGGCCGACUUCGACCGCACCAUGGCAGCCAACGUCCGGUCUGCCGUCGCCGGCAUCAAGCACGCGGCGCGGGUGAUGGUGCCGCGCCGGAGCGGGUGCAUCAUCUGCACCGCGGGCACGGCGGGGGUGCUCGGAAGCGGCGUAAACCCCGCGUACUGCAUCUCCAAGGCCGCCGUGAUUGGCGCCGUCCGGGCGUUGGCCGGGGAGCUGGGGAGGCAGGGCGUGCGCGUGAACGCCAUAUCGCCGCACGCCAUCGCGACGCCGUUCGGGCUGCGCGGGAUGGCAGAGCUGCUGCCGGAGACGAGCGAGGAGGAGCUGAGGCGGAUGGUGGCGACGGCCAUGAACGAGAUGGGCGGGAGUGUUCUGGAGGUGGAGGACAUCGCGCGGGCGGCCGUGUACCUGGCGUCCGACGAGGCCAAGUAUGUCAACGGGCACAACCUCGUCGUCGAUGGCGGGUUUACCGUGGGGAAGCUGAUUCACAUGCCGGAUCCGGUGAGCAGUGCGUGACAGGCAUGGCAAUGACAGCGAUGGAGAUGACGCAAACAUGCACUAGUUCCCCUAGCUACAAGUAUUGUGGUACAGAGGGAGUAGUAUUGAGAUACCCAUCGUCCACAGCAUGCGCAAUAAAUAAGGGACCGUAUCUAAUCUAUUA